ACGUGGUUAUCCCCUUAAUCUUUACGACAGCUGUCUGGACUUAGGUAGUGAUGACCAUAAUCUCAUUUGGCACCUUGAGGGGCUGCCUGGAGUGAACUCAAGGCAGAGUAAAGCGAGCAAACGAACAGACGAAAGCUGCAGAGGUUUUUUACCCUGAAACACAAAGGAGAAAAAGAAGUAGUUUACCUUUCUGGGGAGGAUGGGGAAUAGUAAAAGCAGUGCUUUGUCGAAGGGGCUCUUGGAGGAAUUGAAAUCCAACACAAAAUACUCAGAGGCUGAGCUCUGCACUUGGUAUCAGUCCUUCCUGAAGGAGUGUCCGAGUGGGAAGAUCAGCAAGGAACAGUUUGAAGGCAUCUACGCCAGUUUCUUCCCAGACGCAGACCCCACGGCGUAUGCACGGCAUGUUUUCAGGAGUUUCGACACCAACGCAGACGGCACUUUGGACUUUAAGGAGUACAUUGUCGCGCUGCACCUCACCUCGGGUGGAAAGACUCUGCAGAAGCUGGAAUGGGCCUUUGCUCUGUACGACGUGGAUGGGAAUGGAACCAUCAGCAAAAAUGAGAUAGAAGAGAUUGUUAGGUCGAUAUUCAACAUGAUUCCUGUUGACGACCAGAAGAACCUCCCUGAGGAUGAAAACACACCGGAGAAGAGGGCUGAAAAAAUCUGGGAAUUCUUUGGGAAGAAGGACAACGAUAAAAUCUCAGAGGGAGAGUUCAUUCAGGGCGUGAUGGACAACAAGGACAUCUUGCGGUUAAUCCAAUAUGAUGAACCUCAGAAAAUUAAAGACAAGCUGAAAGAGAAGAAGCAAUAGUCAAUGGGCAGGAAAAGGCCCUUCUUGUGGUUUUAAGACUGUUUUAUUUUUCUGUUUACAUUCUAACAUGAUCUGGCUGCUUGUUUGCUUGACCCAUGUUUCUCUUUUUUUAUCUUAGGAGCCAAACAAUGUUGUGUUUUUGAAUUUGUACCCAGAUGGCAAUUACACAAUUGCAUUGACUGAAAACAGGCAGAGGAAUUCUCAAAAUGGCAAUUGAAGCUCAGAGUUUAA